GAGAGGGUUCCGCGACCCUCCAUCGGCGCGCCACAGAAUGAUUGCGCUGCGCACAGACGGCUAAACAGGCAACGGACCCACCUCGCACCAGAAGUGAAAGGGUUCCUUUUCGUUUUGCUUUAUUUCCAACGCUGCAUGACGGAUCAAAACUUCCCGCUGCGUUUCUCUUACUCAUUACUCCUUCCCUCAGAAACCAUGGGUUCUGUGAUGUUGGGCUGGAGGUUUUCAUGUCUUCUGGUGCAGGCCGCUGUGUGGCUGCUGCUCAGCAAGGGGGAGAGGAUGUGCCCAGCAAGUUGUCGCUGCGAAGGCAAGCUGGUCUACUGCGAAUCAGGCGUUUUCCAAGACAUUCCGGAGAAUAUCACCACGGGAUGCCAAGGUCUGUCGCUGCGCUAUAACAACCUUCUGGUGUUGAUGCCCUACCAGUUUGCGCAUCUCAAUCAACUUGUCUGGCUCUACUUGGACCACAAUUCCAUCAGUGCCGUGGAUGUUUUAGCCUUCCACGGUGUGAGGAGGCUCAAAGAACUCAUCAUCAGCUCAAAUAAAAUAGCCCACCUGCACAACAACACAUUCAGCGCCAUUCCAAACCUGCGCAAUUUGGAUCUGUCUUACAACAAGCUCCAGUCCCUCCAGCCGGGACAUUUGUUUGGCCUGCGCAAGCUCCAGAAUCUGCACCUUCGAUCCAACGGACUAAAACUGAUUACGGUCCGUACGUUUCUGGAAUGCCGUAGCCUCGAGUUCCUGGAUUUGGGAUACAACCGGCUGCGGAGCCUCACCCGCACAACCUUUUUGGGACUGUUUCGCCUCAAAGAGCUUCAUUUAGAGCACAAUCAAUUUUCUCGGAUUAAUUUCUACAUUUUCCCGCGCCUCACCAACCUGCAGGCUCUUUAUUUGCAAUGGAACCGCAUACGAGCCGUCAGCCAAGGCGUACCUUGGACCUGGCCCAAACUGCAGAAACUGGACCUUUCGGGGAAUGAAAUCCAAACGUUGGAUCCCCUGGUUUUCCAGUCGAUGCCAAAUUUACAAACACUCAAUCUGGAAUCCAACAAGCUCAGGAGUGUGCCCGUGGAAGCGGUGGCGGCGUGGACUUCAGUGACCACCAUCGGUUUGGCGGGGAACUCUUGGGACUGCAGGCCGAACAUUUGCCCGCUGAUGGCGUGGCUCAGGACCUUGAGAGACGCCAAAGACAUCAGCAUGAUAUGCAGCAGUCCAAAGUCUACGCAGGGGGAGAGGGUUGUGGACGUUGUGGGGAAUUAUUCCACCUGCGUAGACAUCAUGCCGACCGUGGACACUACCCGUGCUCCGGUUUUAUUGACUUCAAGCCCCUUUGUGAACGUCACACCUCACCGUCUCUUGCACGGUGUCACGGAGCUAGCUCUCAGUGAGUCUCCUGGUCGGACCUCACCGCCCUCAGCCAUCUGGCCUGAUAAGACAGACAUACAGACUGUGAUGCCCACAGCCGUGAGCUCCUCAACGCCUGCCUCCCUCGCCCCUUCAACUUCGUCCUUCCCAGAGAUACCUUUUGAACAUAUGGCUUUCCAUAAAAUCAUCGCAGGCACCGUAGCCCUGUUUUUGUCAGUGUCAUUGAUCCUGCUGGUUAUUUAUGUCUCCUGGAGACACUACCCCAGCACCCUGAGGCAACUGCAGCAGCACUCAGUCAAACAUAAGCGCAGAAAAAAAGGCCGGAAGCAGGAGCAGGACCUUAACUCCCAGUUGCAAGAGUACUACCUGAGCUACCAUUCAAACUCGGAGACCAUGGAUUCGCUGGCGAAUGAGGCAAGACCGUGUACGUGCACCAUUUCAGGAUCAAUAGAAUGUGAAGUAUAACGUUUCACGCGCCGUUAUGGAACCACAAAUGACAUUUCUGGCCAAGUCUAUUAUCAGACGACCGAUUUUUUAAUAAAUGGCUUCAUGAAAUGUUCCUUUCUAUUGCAUGGAAGGACAUUUUCAGAUAAAUCUAUUUGUCCGGACAGAACAGAACAUCGGGAUAUUUUUGGAGCUCAUUAUUACUGUGAUUAACAUGGGAGCUGUGGCAUGCCAGCAUUUACCACGGUACCCAGUCUACAAACUGACCACAAGUCAGCGCCGCCAAUAUGUUGACGCUUUCUGGACCGUAUCGUCUGUAAAGGAACAGAGACAUGUUUUUUUACUUGCCUGUUUUUAUCGUUCAAUGUAAAAUAUGAAGCUGUCCGGGCAUAUUCUUUAUGUAUUUGAAUGUGUACAGUGUUUGGCAAAAGAAUCAGUUUAUUACUCUGAUGAAAGACUUUCCGGCAGGUAAAUAUCGUCGUUUUAAUACUUGGCUAGUUGUACCAUUGCAUAAGGUACGAAUAGCAGUGCCACAUUCAUUUGGGACAACAGACUCGUACUUGUUUCAUCCUUUGUAUGGAUGAUACUCAUUUAUUCCAAAGUGAAUUACGUAUCAAUUUUAAAGCUGCGUUCUGUCUCAUUUUCGUGUAGGAACAAAACUAGUCGGCAGUGGUGGAAUCCAAGUGUUUCUAAUUGCGGUUACCCCAGUUCGGGCAUAACAAAAUAGAGCUCCUAGUGUGUUACAAUACUGCGUAACACGUCACUGCCCGCAACUACAACUCCAAAAAUACACACGUUGAAAUGAGUACUUCUAUGGCAGGCUCAUUCAAAAAUGAUUGAAGACAUUAUUAUCAUUACCUCCUGUAUUGGAGCUCAUUACAGUGUGUAAUUGAUCAUAAAACUGUUGUGUAUUUGUUAUAACUAAUGUAAUAUUGAUUUUGCAUUGUUUGUGAACCGUGCCAACAAAUAUGUAAUUGAAGGAAACGAUGAUGGUCAAAAUGUGAGCCGGCGAAGGAAAAGAAAAGAAACAGGCUUUUUUUCUGCAGAGUUAAACAUUUCAUAGGAUGUGAAGGGCGCAUAGAAAAUUAAUGGCAUAUUUUCUUAUUUUUCAUCCUCUUUUGUGACUCUUCUCUUGACUUUAAUAACACUGACAACGGUAUUAACUGAAUGUGGGUCACUGGUGCUGAAACAAACUGGAGCCCACAAUUCUGCGACUGUGACACCAAAAAUAAAAGCACAGAAGAGGAAAAGCAAAAUUGAGGAAGACCCCAUGGGGAUUGCAGUUGCUACGGGUCAAGUUUGUUAUGCUAUUAGGGAGACAUUAUCUGUCUUCCUCCUCUGCUUUCCUUCCACCUCCGCCUUUCAGUGUUCCCUUGAAAACUGAAGAUAACCUGCAUAGGGGACACGUGGGCAUGUGUUGCGUCAGGCAGGAUUAACCGAUGCUCUGGCAUGUGGAAUCUAUAAAAAGAUGAUAUUUUCCCCCAAGUGUGAGCCACGACCUGUACAAUUAUACGUUUUACUACAGAUGUUGCAUGUCAUUCUUUGUUUUUGUUGUUGAUUGGUUGGUGUUGAAGGGACAGCGUUGCUGACAAGUCCAAUUGUUUGUUUUGAUUGAUGGGUCUUGAUCAGUGACGAAUGAUUGCAUUUAUUAUGAUGAGUUUCUUUCAAAGACCAAUGGGAGCAUUUCCACAUGCAAAAACAAAAAGAAAAUACAGAGAACAGUAUAAAUGAUUUGUUGGUCCAACUUUGACAGAUAUUGUAAUUACACUCUGAUUUGUCUUAUAAUGACUGAUGAAAAGCAAUUUUCCUCAUGUUUUUGUGCUGUGUGUAGCCAAGGGAGAAAUGCUGAUUAGAAAGUUGUGGUCUGCAUCUCGCAAACCAUUAUCGGGGUUACUUGUUUGGUUGAAAUAUUGCAGCGGUGCACAGUAUCGACUGAGAAACAACGAGGUACAAACACAGCCGCGCGGUAUGCGCAAAGUCAGGCGGAGGAAAAGUCUAUAUGUUGUCAGCUGCUCCCUGAAGUGGAGAAUGUCCUUCAGUUGACAGAGGCAUCUGAGAAGCUGACAGCAAAAAAACAUGCGGAGGACGAGGGAAAACAGAAUUGCAAAAAUCCUGCCGGCAGACGUCCAGAAAUAUGUUUUUUUGUGUGUUCCUGUAAAGUCAAACUGCGUGGGGCCAGCGCACGCUUGACAGGCGUGAAAUUUUGAUUUACAUCUGUCACUGCAUAUUCUUUUUCAAGCAGAACAUGCGUGCAAUGUUUUCCUUGCCAAAGGUUCGAGCUGAAUUUAGAAGGGAAAAUGAAGCCAACACGGUAGUGAUGUUAUCCCAUUAAAGAUGCAUCUUAAGGUUUUAUUGUCAUUGCUUUAUUCUCCAUUAUAUGAGAUAAAAAAAAAAAUAAAAAAAAUAGAUGGUCAUUUGUAACUUUUAACCAACCUUUUUGCACUCUUGUAAGAAUUACAAUCAAUGUCUUUUCAUGGUACUGUGGUACGUAUUGCACCUAAGAAUUGUCCCCAUUCAAAGGCGAUUACAUUUUCAAGUGUGUUAACUCUAAUGUCGCAUAGAAAUAUUCAUUAUGUCCCAGAAAUCGUUGAACUCCUGGGAGAGGACCACAUUCUGCCACACACGACAGAUUACAGUUGUUUAUUUAUAUGUGAACGUAGAAGUACGAUUUUCAUCACCUUCCA